AUGGAGAAAUUGAGGCGUAUUGCCAGGAAUGGUAGAAUUGAUAGUAUGUUGGAUGGUUUGCAAAAUGAUAAGUGGGCCAAUACAUUUUUUAGAGGGAAACGAUAUGGUGAGAUGUCAUCUAAUGUUAUCGAGUCUUACAAUAAUUGGAUUGAUGGGGCCCAUGAGUUGCCUAUUACUUGUAUGGUUGAUAUGAUUAGGGUUCAAAUCAUAACUCAAUCGUCUACUAGAAGAGCUGAAUCUAAAAGAUGGAUUACCAAAUUGUGUCCAGUUAUGAAAAAGAAGUUGGUGGACUCUUUGAAGCUAGCUAAGUCUUGGGAUGUGAUUGUUGCUAGUGAUACUGUGCUUGAGGUUCAUUCUUCUAUUUCUUUUUAUGUUGAUAUUGGCAGAUGGACUUGUUCUUGCCAUGAAUGGAAAUUUAAUGGUUUUCCUUAUUGUCAUACUGUGCAUGCUUUGCAUAGUAGUGGUAGAGAUGUGCAUGAUUUCAUUGAUCCUUUUUUUCAUGUGGAUUGUUUUAGAGAGUCAUACAAGGAAUAUGUUUAUCUAGUACCUUCAAGUGAGAGAUUUGACUUUGAUGGUGCCGGUAGUUCUAUUAUCAAACCUCUUAUAACGAAGAAGCAGCUCGGGCAAAACAAAAGGAGUAGAAUACCUUCUAGGGGUGAGAAUGUGAAGCAAAUCAAGUGUGGGAGGUGCUUGAAAUAUGGGAAUCAUAAUAAGAAAACGUGCAAGGCUGCUAUUCAAGGCCACAGUUUAUUCUUUUGGAUUUGUAUUUGA